UUGCUCAUCAUGCCUUACGACAAGACGGACGAGCUCGCCAUCAACACGAUCCGAACCCUCGCGGUCGAUGCCACGCUCGAGGCAAACUCCGGUCACCCGGGCGCGCCCAUGGGCAUGGCUCCGGUGGCCCACGUGUUGUGGAACAAGUUCAUGACAUUUAACCCAAAGAACCCCGACUGGGUGAACCGCGACCGUUUUGUUCUCUCCAACGGCCACGGAUGCAUGCUCCAGUAUGCUCUGCUCCACCUGUUUGGCUACGCGUUGAGCAUUGACGACUUGAAGAACUUCCGUCAAGUCGACAGCAUCACCCCUGGCCACCCUGAAGCUCAUGACACUCCCGGUAUCGAAGUCACCACCGGCCCGCUCGGCCAGGGCUUCGCCAAUGCUGUCGGUCUCGCUAUUGCGCAGGCGCAUACCGCGGCCGUUUUCAACAAGCCCGGUUUCGAUCUGAUCAACAACCACACAUACAUGUUCUUCGGUGAUGGCUGCGCCAUGGAGGGUAUUGCCAGCGAGGCUGCCUCUACUGCCGGUCACUUGCAGUUGGGCAACCUGAUUGCUAUCUACGACGACAACCACAUUUCCAUCGAUGGUGACACCAAGUGCGCAUUCACCGAGGACGUUAUGAAGCGAUUCGAGGCCUACGGCUGGCACACCCAGCACGUCGAGAACGGCGACUCUGACCUCGAGGGUAUCGAGAAGGCUAUUGCCGAGGCCAAGAAGGUCACGGACAAGCCCUCAGUCAUCAAGCUCACCACUACCAUCGGUUUCGGUUCCAAGCUCCAGGGUACUGGUGGCGUUCACGGCAACCCCUUGAAGGCGGAUGACGCUAAGCAGGUCAAGGAGAAGUUCGGUUUUGACCCUGAGAAGACCUUCCAGGUUCCCCAGGAGGUCUACGACCAAUACCACAAGCACGCUGCCGAGGGUGCCGCUGCUGAGGAAGAGUGGAACAAGCUUUUCGAGAAGUACGGCAAAGAGUACAAAGAGCUUCACGCUGACCUUGCUCGCCGAUUGACUGGUGAGCUGCCAGAGGGCUGGGUUAGCAAGCUCCCCACAUACAAGCCUUCGGACCCCGCUAUUGCGUCCCGAAAGCUCUCCGAGAGCGUCUUGGAGGCCAUCUAUGAGGCCGUCCCUGAGCUUCUGUCCGGUUCCGCAGAUCUGACCGGUUCAAACAACACCCGUUGGAAGAACGCCGUUGACUUCCAGCCCCCCAGUCUAGGUAUUGGUGAGUGGUCUGGUCGCUACCUCCGAUAUGGUGUACGUGAGCACGCCAUGGCCGCCAUCAUGAACGGUCUCUCUGCCUAUGGUACCAUCAUCCCUGCCGGUGGUACUUUCCUCAACUUCGUUUCAUAUGCUGCCGGUGCCGUCCGUCUAUCCUCGCUUUCUCACCAGCGUGUCAUCUACGUCGCUACCCACGACUCCAUCGGUCUUGGUGAGGAUGGUCCCACUCACCAGCCUAUCGAGACACUUGCACAUUUCCGUGCUCUGCCCAACAUGAUGGUGUGGCGCCCGGCUGAUGGUAACGAGACUUCGGCUGCUUACUACAUGGCUCUGACCUCCAAGGGCACUCCAUCCAUCCUUGCUCUCACCCGUCAGAACCUGCCUCAGCUUGAGGGUUCAACACUGGACAAGGCCAUCAAGGGUGGCUACGUUGUUCUUGAAAACGAAAAGGCCGACGUCACUCUCGUCUCAACCGGUUCGGAAGUCUCGCUCUGCUUGGAGGCUGUCAAGGUUCUCAGCGAGGAGGGUCUUACCGCACGCGUUGUGUCCAUGCCUUGCGUUGAGGUCUUCGACGCCCAGUCCAAGGACUACCGCCUCUCUGUCAUCCCCGACGGUAUCCCCACCCUCAGCGUGGAGGUAAUGUCCACCCUUGGCUGGGAGAAGUACUCGCACGAGCAGUUCGGCCUCAACAGGUUCGGUGCUUCCGGUCCUUACAAGAAGGUCUACGAGAAAUUCGAGUUCACUCCUAAGGGCGUUGCCAAGCGUGCUAAGCUUACCGUGGACUUCUACAAGGACGUCAAGCCCCUCCGCUCGCCCAUCAACCGUGCUUUCACUCAGCUUAUCUAAGCUGUUGAUGUUUGCUAAAAGUUGAUUGCAGGCAGGAUGUUCACUGUUACGAUUUGCUAUGACUGAAUGGAAGAUGCGAAGAGCGCGCUUUGCUGGCUACGGC